GUUUUUUGGGAUAUUCAAAAACCGCGUGUGGGCAUCAUGGAGGACACAAGGACACACUUACACUUAGAAUUUUAAUCUCCUGAAGUUUCCGAUACUUAUACUGAUCCAUACUGACAAAUGCGGCUCAUUUUUCGGAUGUAAAUGAAACCUAACUGGAACAAGUGAAUAAAAUGGUAAAAUGAGAGUGCCAACAAAAUUCUAUGUGCAGAAUGACCUCAUUGAUCAUUACAAGACAAAUCAUGGUAUAACAGCGAUAGCAUUGAGCCAAACAGCUGCACUUUGCUCAAUGUAUGAACCAUGGAAACUUAUCGCUCUGGCGCUACCGUAAAUAGAAGCCUGUGAGUGAGAAUUUUGCAUGGUACCUGACAGAGAAUUCAUCACAAAUUGUUGCGACAUUCGUCAGAAAAAAUGGAGAAGCUCCUUGUUGCUGUUUUGAGUUUCAUUAGUCUAGCAAUAUGUAGUGACUCCAACCGACCAAUGACAAGAGCGGAAGUAAAAACCAUGUUAAAGCACCACGAUGUCGUCCCAAAAAUUAUUGACGAGUCGGAGAAUGUUGAUCAACUUGUCGUGACGUUUAACUACACAGUUGUAUUAGAUGCUGAUAAGAAAUUAACCCCUGAACAAAUUGAGAACAAACCAACGAUGUUGGAUUGGCCUGUCGCGGACAAUGACCUCUACUCACUCGUUUUCAUAGAGCCAGAACACCCAACGAAGGCGAGGAAAAAACAUUAUUAUGAGUUCGUCCACUGGCUGGUAGUAAAUAUUCCUGGAACCCAAAUUGACAAAGGAAACGAAAUUAUCGAGUACGUUGGUUACCGAGCAUUCUACGAGGAUAAAGAGCCACAUCGUCUAAUUUUCCUCGCAUACAAACAGCCAAGUAGUGACCCGAUGGAGUUCAAUAUAACAAAACUGAUACCGGAGCAAUUGGUGGAGCGAUGGCAUCACUUGAACUUCACGGCGCGGAAGUUCGCGGCGGACUACGACCUGACCGGACCGACGGCGGUGAACCUGGGUGUCAUCGACUGCGAGCAGAUGUGGCACGGAGAGAAGUACAAGGUCUUCAAAAACGACUCCGACAACGACUUUACCGACCUUCCCUUCCCGGAGGACCUCACCACCAAAGCACCAACGAAGCCCACUCUUUAACCUGUCGCAAAAAAGAUAAAAAGUAAUGGAAAAGACACUGAAUAAGUGGAUACUACUCGAAAAAUGUCUUCCUCAGUCUAUUGGAACCGCCCAUUUCAAUCAAUAGGAUUGCUCCAUACUCCCUAUGUCUUUUUUACCUACAAAUUGAUCGAAUAAAAAUGUCAAAGGUGAAAAAUAUAUCACACACUAGUUUAGAA